AUGAUCCAGUUAUCUACUAAAAGAGUGACAGUGAGAGUUGAAAGUUACCCUUUACGCAAUUGUGGUAGCGCUGCUGUAAGUAAGGCUGAAAUGGAUGACAGCAUUGACUUAAUUCAGAUCUUAGAAGAACAGAUCCACCAGAUGGAACUUCAACGAGAGAAGAUCUGGUUAGACACUAAUAUCGACGACAAAAUUAAAAUUAAAGAAACUACAGAAUUGAUGAGUCAAGUCGAACAAAUCAGACAGCUAAUUAAGGAUGCUAAAAUUGAAUCCAAUCAAAAUUCAAACGAUAUUACAGAAAAUAAAACCCAACAUAAAAAUAUGAAUUAUGACAAUAAAGAUAUUCAUCAUGUAGAGAAAGACGACAAGCUCAUCUUCACAAUGUACAAAGGACUAUAUGAAAGUAAUCUGAUUCCAAAAAAGGAUGAAUUUGGUUUUUACUAUGAAAUAAAAAAGAGAAACCAAGAUAUUAUAAAGUUUUAUUUUGAAACUCAAACAGCCAAAAUUGACUUCACUCUAUCCAAAAUUGACGAUUUACAUUUUUGGAUUAAUAGUUUGAGAAAUUUCCUAAGGAGGUGGAGUUUUACCGAUUUUACUGUACCAAACAAAGAUACAGAAUUAUCAAUGGAUGAAAACGACAUCAUAAAGCAUGCAAUAUAUGAAAGCACUCACAGUUAUCAUAAGCAUAUAGUCAAUAAUGAGAGGACUGCAAAAGAUAUCUACGAUAACUUGAAAAAGAGGUACACGAAUAGAUAUUCAACUUUUAUCAUAGAACAGAUGUGGGAAAAUAUCCUUAUUGACGCUUCCUGCUCAGAUAUUGAGAAGAUGGAUGAUGAUUUGAACUCAAUGGUAGUGAUUGAAUACAACAGUAUAAAAUUCAAUCACGUUUCACACACUAUUACCAAUGAAUUCAUUAAUAGGAAGAUUAAGAAGUGUAUUCAUAUUUACCUAGACAGAGCCGUAGAUAGCUAUAUUGUUUCUGAAAAAUUAAAGCGAAGGAAUAUUGAUAUCAAUCCAGUUGAUUACAUCGAAUACAUAGGUACCACUAUUCGAUCCAUUCGAGAAAAGAAUGACAUAUACGACAUUGAAAUUAAGCUAUGUAACAAUUGUCAAUCUGCCUUUCAUAGUGCAAAAAACUGCAGAUUUAGGUCCUACCUAAGACAGUCUGGAACAAGACCCUUUCAUGAUAAAUCAAAGAAAUCAGGAAAACCUAACUGGAACAGAAACAAAGACAAUAGUAGCGGAUGA